AUGACAAGCCCUGGCUAUGUGCGUAUUGGCGUUGAUGUCGGAGGGACCAAUACCGACGCCGUGGUCCUGGACCCUUCCCAACACGCCGAUGAAAACCGUGGGGUCUUGGCCGCUUACAAGGUUCCAACAACGCAUAACCCAACUCAUGGCAUCGAAAAGGCCCUCCGUAUCGUCCUCAAACAGUCUAAAGUUCCCAUCGGGAAUAUCUCCUCGGUAACGAUAGGUACUACAGCCUUUCUCAACUCAGUCAUCGAGAGAGACACCAGGCAUCUUAGCAAAGUCGCGGUUAUUCGGCUGUCGAAGAGUUUCUUGAGGGACGUGAGACCAUUUUGUGACUGGCCACAGACCCUUGCAGACAUAAUCCAGGGAUACGUCGGAUACGUUGAUGGCGGCCUGCACAUCGACGGCUCCGAAGAAACGUCGAUUGUCGAAAAACAGGUUGUGGAGGUGUGCCAGGAAAUUCGUAGACUUGGCUUGACGACCAUUGUUGUCGCGGGUGUAUAUUCGCCCAUCGAUACCAAGUUUCAACAGGAGGAGCGAGUGAAGAACAUCGUGGCUCGGGAGAUACCCGGGGCUGAUAUUGUCUGUUCCCGGGAUGUUGCUAAUAUCGGCUUCCUCGAGCGAGAAAAUGCCUCUAUCCUCAACGCUGCCAUCCUCAGGUUCGCCCGUCGAACCAUCCGGAGUUUCCAAAAUGCCAUGAAGAGACUCGGGCUCUCGUCCUGCUCACUCUACCUCACACAAAAUGAUGGUACCUUGCUCGAUGCCACUUCUGCUGCGAGAAUCCCAAUCAGGACUUUCUCAUCGGGCGUAACGAACUCAAUGCGAGGUGCAGCGUACCUCUCCAGUCAUACAUCAGGAGAAGAUGGAAAGAGUAAGUCAGCAAUCGUGGUGGAUAUUGGCGGCACAACAACCGAUAUUGGCGUCCUAUUGCCCUCCGGCCUUCCUAGACAAGCGUCGGCGUACGUCGCCGUUGCCGGGGUCAAAGUCAACUACUCAUUGCCUCACCUCCACUCCAUUGGCCUCGGAGGCGGGUCUAUUAUCCGCACUCUAUCCGAAGACAAGAUCUCCGUUGGUCCGGCAUCAGUGGGCAAUGAUUUGGCCAGGUCCCUGAUAUUUGGCGGCGAAACUCUAACCGCUACCGACAUCGCCGUGGCCGCGGGGAAAGCUAACGUCGGUUCAAAGGACGCCGUUGAGACACUCGACAGCAGCAUAAUCGAAGCUGCGCAGGUCCGGAUCAAGACUCUUUUGCAGAACGGCAUUGAUGCCGUCAAGACCUCCCCCGAGCCAAUGCCCGUCCUUCUCACAGGUGGGGGUUCCAUUCUCGCUCCGGAAUCCCUGCCCGGUGCAUCCGCGCUUAUUAAACUUCCGUUUCACGACGUCGCAAAUGCUGUUGGGGCGGCGUGCUCCAAAGUUGGAGCAACGAUCGACAUCAUCCAGAGUACAGCGCAGCAGACCCUCGCUGAGGCUACUGAGGCAGCGAAGAAGACGGCCGUGGAGAGAGCGGUGGAAUUCGGUGCUUUGAGGAAGAGCGUGUACAUUGCCAAACUAGAUGUCAUGCCCAUCCCAUAUCUCGAGAACCAAAUUCGGUCCGUCGUGACAGCUAUCGGGGAGCUGGACCACAAGUCACAGAAACAGCAAGAGAUUCCGGAGGAUGACUCCGAUACAGAUACGGAUGACGCUCCCGUCGCCCAAAAAGAAGUGUCUUCCGAUUUUGAGGGAGAAGAAGAUCGCUUUGAUCACGACAAUUACCGACCUAAGGUUGUCGUCAACAAAGAAACCGACGUGGCCGAGUGGCAUCUCAGCAGCGUUGACCUCGAGUAUAUAGCAGAUGGCUGCUACCUCCUAGGCUGUGGAGGUGGUGGAAACCCACAGCCCGGCAAGUUACAGCUACGCGACAUGCUCGCCGCCGGCCACAAAAUCCGCGUCGUCGAUGCGACAUCAGUCAAAGACGACGCGCGCGUAUACUGGGGAGGCCGUAUGGGCUCACCUGCCGCCAUUUCCGAACGCCUGCAAGCCCACGAAACAGUCCUCGCCAUCAAAGCCCUCAUGGAAUUCCUCCGCCACGACUCCUUCGACGCCGCCAUGGGCCUCGAAAUCGGCGGGUCGAACGGUAUGGAACCAUUCCUGUGGGGAUCUUCGCGGUUCUUUGACAGGCCCGUCAUUGAUGGCGAUUUCAUGGGUCGAGCGAACCCGAUGUGCUGGCAGACGACCCUCACGGUACAUCGCCCUGGGGAAUUUACGCCUUGCGCUAUAGAUUCGGGUGAUGGAAGGACGAUGCUGAUGACCCGCGCUCCGAACGAUGAGAGCGUAGAUAAGCCUCUUCGAGGAGCGCUUCAGGAGAUGGGAUCUCUCGUUGGACUUGCGGCGCGGCCUACGACCGGCGAAGCAGCGAAGAAAUACGGUGUUAUCAACACAAUCUCUCUUUCUUGGAGAAUUGGGCGCGCUAUUGCCCGCGCCGAUGCGAAUAAUACGAUAUCCACUGUUGCCGAGGCCAUCAUUGACGAGGUUGGGGGUGAAAAGAGCGCCAAGGUACUCUUCAGGGGCAAGAUUACGGCCAUCGAACGAACGCUGCACAACGGUUUCUCGGUUGGCGUCCUUCACAUAGCAGAGACGCCAGCCGAGGAUGAGGAAGACCAGAAUGCGGAGUCGGUAUCGGCUGUUGCCCAAGGUGGCACGCUGAGGAUCCCCUUCAUUAACGAGAAUAUUCUUGCGGAGCACGUAUCUGACGAUGGAAAGACUAAGAUCCUCGCUACUGUUCCUGAUCUGAUUGCUCUGAUUGACAGCCAAAGUGGGAAGCCAGUUGGGGUGCCUGAGUACAGGUAUGGCUGCCACGUGGUCGUCCUGGGCAUUGCAUGCUCGCCGAGGUGGUCAGAAACACCAAGAGGAAUCGAGGUGGGAGGACCUAAGGGAUAUGGGUACGAGCUGGAGUAUAAGCCGUUGGGCCAGUAUGUCGAGCCGAGGAGUGUGAUAGCAGAGUUCCUCCCAUAUGAGUGA